GAGAGAAGGCGAGCUCUAAAACCCUAAAAAAGGCUAAAACCGCAAAGUAUCAAAUCAAAGGAAGACAUUUUCUCCCCAAAACGAGCCAGGUCUAUCCCUUUGUUGAAGUUGCUUGCAUUCUUUUGCAGCAGUCUAAUUGGCAUAUAAUGAAACCAUUCAGAACAUUGCGAACUCUAACGAUCUUUCCAUCAAAACCCCGAAAUUCAAAUUCCCAUCUCCUUGAUCGCGUUCUUCUUUCUCAUUUCUUCUCAGCUCAACCUGAACAAAACGAUAGUGAAAACGACAACAAUGACGCGGUUUUUGACAGCAGCCACUUCGCCGUCCCGAACAUCGAUACUAAGACAACCCCUCAAGACGCCACUUGGGAUGAGAAAUACAGGAAGAGAGCUGAUAGAUUGGUGUUUGGGCAUGAAACCCAGAAGUCCAAAUUCAAAAUACUACAAGAACAAGAGGAGGAGGAGAGGAGGAGAGUCUUGGCCAAAGCUCUGCUUCGGGCGGCCCUAGAGAGGCCAGAUGAUGAGGACGAUGAAGAUGUGGUGAAGGAGGAGGACCAGAAAUCUCUUUCAGUUGGAAUUGUUGGUGCCCCUAAUGCUGGGAAGUCGGCCUUGACUAAUUACAUGGUUGGCACGAAGGUUUCUGCUGUCUCUAGGAAGACAAAUACAACAAUUCAUGAAGUAGUAGGAGUGAUGACGAGAGGGGACACUCAAAUUUGUUUCUUUGAUACCCCUGGAAUUAUGUUAAAGAAAAAUGGAUUUCCGUACAAGGAUAUGAAGGCUCGUGUGGAAAAUGCUUGGAGUACAGUUGAUUUAUAUGAUAUGAUCAUGGUUGUUUUUGAUGUCCAUAGGCAUCUUACCAGGCCUGAUUCAAGAGUGGUGAGAUUGAUUGAACGUGUUGGAGCGCAAACAAACCCAAAACAAAAGCAGGUUUUAUGUAUCAACAAGAUUGACCUAGUUGAGAAAAAGAAAGACUUACUAAAGGUUUCUGAGCAAUUCAAAGAUCUUCCUGGAUAUGACAGGUGCUUCAUGAUCUCAGGUCUGAAGGGUGCUGGAGUGAAAGAUCUUACACAAUAUUUAAUGGACCAGGCAGUAAAAAGACCUUGGGAUGAGGAUCCACUAAAUAUGAGCGAAGAAGUUAUGAAGACCAUUUCAUUAGAGGUUGUUCGAGAAAGGUUGUUAGAUCAUGUCCACCAGGAAAUCCCAUAUGGCAUUGAACAUCGUUUGAUAGAUUGGAAGGAGUUAAAGGAUGGUUCUCUCAGGAUUGAACAACACUUCAUCACUCACAAACUGAGCCAGCGGAAGAUUCUUGUGGGUAAGAAGGGCUCAAAGAUUGGAAGGAUAGGCAUGGAAGCUAAUGAAGAGCUAAGGUCCAUAUACAAGAGGGAAGUGCACCUGAUCCUUCAAGUUAGACUGAAAUAAUCAAUUCAGCAACCAAGGAAAUAGGCCUGGACCCAUAAUUGGAUUAGCCACAGAGGAAGAUUUAUGAGAGGAACAGGACCAUAUUUAGCAUACCAUGCUUGGCCAAGACAUUGGCCAGUUCUAUCAAGAAUGAGGCAAGAGCACGUGGGAAACUUGAUUCAAUUUCCAAGAUUAGCUUCUCCUCAAUAUAGCAUAUGGAAGUGUACAUAUAUAUUGGUCUGACAGGUAAUUAUCCUUCAGUCCUUGUUUCUCAGCCUCAAUUAAGGCCAUAUAGUGGUGAGCUUUAAGUGAAUGCGAGAAGAGAAACACAAUUAGACCCUGACUUAACAGAAAAUCUGUUUUUCUUUCUUUAGAAGCAUGCCUUUUUUUCCCUCCAAAUUUUGAAAGGAUUAACCACUUUUUGCAUCCUCGAGUCCCUAAAGCUUGUAGUUAUGUAACAUUGUAUCUAAGUUAAAGUGUCAUUCAUUGGAAAAUAAAUCUGUGAAUUAGUUGCAUGUUUGUGGUCCUAUAACUUCUUGGUUCCAUUGUUCUUUGGUUGGACAACCAUCAUUUGGGUUUUGAGAAAUUUUAACAGCACCAAGAUUGAAAGUGUCUCUUGGUGUGUGAAUCAUUGAGAAGCAAGUGCCUUGUUCAUAUUUUAGCUUUAUUUUUGCCUGCUUGAUGAGGAAGCCAAGGAAACUAGAAGCAAUCAGCUUGUAGAUUGGAUUCCUGUGCUUUUAUUUGAAAUCUGAAUUAUGCUAACUUUCUUUGCAACAGAAGUUUAAAUGUAUGGGAAAUAAUUCUCGACA